AUGGCGGGAGAAGAGGUCCACUUCUCGCUCGUCAUGUUUUCCGCCGACUCGGGCACUGAAGGCGCUAUGCUAAUCAAAUCUAUCCUUAUGUACACUACUAGACCAACGGCCUUUCAUAUUGUCUGCGAUGAAGGUGCUCAGUCGGUCCUAGAGAGCAGAAUAUCCCUGGUCCGCCGCCCAAGGUACGAUAUCCGGGUCGUCUUCUAUCGCGUGGCCCGUGAAGCUAUGGAGGCCCGCAUACGACGUGAAGGCGGUAUUUACACGGAACACUAUUCCGGUAUAUAUGGUCUCAUGAAGCUAUUCAUCCACGAAAUCCUCCCACCAACCGUCAAACGAUCGAUAUUCGUCGACACGGACGCUAUAUUCAUCUCAGACCCUACUCUCCUUUGGCGCCGGUUCGACGCUUUCGAUCCUUGGGAAUCGGCGGACAAGCCCGGCACCGCAUUGAGUAUGCCGACGCACAUGGAUCAAAGCACCCCAGACUGGCACGACGCAUCGAAGAUAUGUUCAUGCGUAAUGCUCAUGGAUCUCGAAAAGCUGCGCAAACUGCGGCUCAUGGACUCAGAACAUUACCGCUCCGACUCGCACAACGACGGAAGGGGCGCACUCAGCCCUCCGGCCUUCGUGUCCAUGUUUGGCCCGCCCUCGCCGGAGACGGGGCACUACGAGAACGUGAAGCUCGGCGACCAGGGAUACUACUGGGCGAUCGUUGCGGGUCGACCGGACAUCUUCAAGCACCUACCCAUUGAAUGGGAGGUGAGCUCCUGCCUGCAGGACAUGUACGGUACCGGGGCUGAGCUCGGCGACGACGCGGUCUCCGAAGAAGACGAGACGCAGCGCAUGAUCAAUACCGCGAAUACCGCCCACGCCAAUGAAGCUAUACUCCCCAAGUUCCUGCAUUUCAACUGCCUGUGGGGCACGGAGCACUGGUACGAAUGGGAAGGAUGGGCGGAUCCAAGCAACUCACUUACACGCCGCUGGCUGUCUACCGUCAAGCACCACGUUGCCUACAAAUGGAUAUGGCUGAACAUACAUCCCGCUGGGAGAGAACUCGGGGCCGAUGGCGUGGAGCCCGGUAAAGUGACAAUGAAUACGGUUUCGGACGCGAAAUUUGCGGACGAAGCCGUCUUUGCGGGAGCAUCGAAAUAA